AGGUUAGAACGCUAAAGUUUUACGUCAAGAACACCAUCAGAUACAAAAUCACGGAAUAAUUCUUAUCUCAACAUACCACCUGAGCGUUAUUUUACCGUUCAUACAAAGCAAUAGAAAUAAGUCUUACUCCCGCUUCCACCAAUCGAAAGAAACCCCAUAAUGUCCUGCCGCCGCGUAGCACUUUGUUGCUUGACCGCCCUGGUCAGUCUGCAGCAAGACUGCGGCACUAGCUGCUUUGUUGCCGCUUACCAGGAGGCCCUUUCGACGCCGAAGUUCCUCGUCGGCCGUCGCCACUUCUAUGAUGUGCCGUAUCGAUAUGAUUAUGAAACGCCGGAUGGAAAUGGCUAUGGCACUGCAGUCCGCACCGCCGGGCUCGUGACUGUGUAUUUCCCAAUCGGUUCUCUUCCACGAGCUACGACCAGGCGAGGACGCGCAACACGCGAGGCCAGGAGGGGUGCUGCCGGCGCGGCUCGUGCUGACCUUGCUCGCCGACUGCCUUACAUGACGAACAGCGGUGGUGCAACCCAGCGUCAGUCUCCGUCAUUCCGCUUCACAUCCAUGUACCGCGGGGCGCUGCCAAUAGAGAACAUCGAAAACCGUGAAGAAGGAAACCUCCGCGGCACGCCGAUUGACAACGCCCUAUCCAUGAUUUUGCUCAACGACGAGGGUGCCUACCCGACGGUGACGGGUAAGGUUCUGGCAGGGGUCGCGCGACUGCUCAGCAACCUGGCGUUCGUAUACAAGGGCGCGGAGUCGGUUCUCGUCGAUGAGGAGAACAAGGUAAGGACUGGUGACGUGUUGUUCUUAAGCGGUUUUGAGCUCUUCCAAGACGAAGAUGGGACGAGCCCUGACACAGCAACGGGUGGUUCGUCUCAUCGCUUUCCGCUCGUGCAUUUUUUGCAUGGGGAUUCUGCGUCUCACGUUAUGUAC